UAUCCGUAGGAUUGGGAUGGCAUCAAGUCCCUUCAUUCCAGUUCAUCAUUUUGCCCUAAGGUUCAGCCAGCCUAGUGAGCAGCAGACAGCCUAAAGGCAGGACGCCAGUCUCAGUAGAUGGAGUCUUUGAUUAGCUGUCCCUUGGGUUCUCCCUGCCUAGGCCUGUUGACCCUGCUACAGUUUGUGACCCUGAGCUGCAUUUCUUCCACCGAAAGUCUCACUUCUCCGUCGUUGGUGCCCCGGGUCAAAUCUAGCUACAAUUUUGGCCGGACUUUCCUCGGACUUGACAAAUGCAACGCCUGCAUCGGGACAUCCAUUUGUAAGAAGUUCUUUAAAGAAGAAAUCAGGUUUGACAACUGGCUUGCUUCCCACCUUAAACUUCCUCCUGAUUACUUCUCCUCUUACCCUGCAAACUAUUCAGAUGAUACCAAAAGCUGGCGCCCAGUGGAGAUUUCCAGGCUAAUAAGCAAAUACCAAAAUGAGCUUUCUGAUAGGAGAAUCUGUGCAUCUGCUUCCGGCUCAAAAACUUGCAGCAUUGAGAGAGUCCUAAGGAAAACGGAGAGAGUCAAGAAAUGGUUGAAGGCCAAACGCCUCACUCCAGACCUGGUGCAGGGUCUACCCAGCCCAAUGCUUCGAUGUCCCUCACAGAGGCUCUUAGAUCGCAUUGUCCGGAGAUACGCUGAAGUGGCAGAUGCUGGCAGUGUCUUCAUGGAUCACUUUACUGAUCGGGAUAAAUUACGUCUUCUCUAUACUCUUUCCAUUAAUGCCCAUCCCAUCAUGUUACAGAUUUUCCCCGGGGCAGAAGGGUGGCCCUUGCCCAGGUACCUAGGCUCUUGUGGUCGAUUCCUGGUCAGCACCAGCACACAGCCCUUGGAUGGAUUCUACAACUCACCUGCAGACCAGGCAGCUGACUUGGCAUAUCAGCUCCUUGGCAUCAUGGACUCCCUGAGGAACAAUGACUUGAACUACUUCUUUUACUUUACCCGCAUUGAUGCUGGCACGUUUGGCAUUUUUGACAAUGGGCAUCUGUUCAUCCGAGAUGCCAGCACAGUGGGCGUCAUUGACAAGCAGCAAGGUAGUCUGACUCUAGACAGGCAAGAAGAAUACAAGGACAUAUUUAGCUGCCUGGUUUUAGACUGUCAGUCUCCAUUUCCUUCUUGCAGUUCAGUCAAGGAGAAACAGAGCUUAGUGAUGGCUUGUCAGCAACUGCUGCCUCGGCUUCUCAAAGAGAAAUUUCCCCAGCCUGUCCAAGAGGAGAUAGACUCUGCUCUGGCGCUUUGUGGGGACCCCUCGCUCUCAGACCAGGAGGUCAUCGAUGCAGCCAGCAGGCUGAAGGGUAUCUUGAAACCCCUGAGAACUUGUGAUCCUCGUUACGCUUAUCGAUAUCCAGACUGCAAAUACAGUGAUAGAUACUAAGAAGAAUCUCGAUGAAGGAGAUACAGCAACAUGGUGCCAACGUGCCGAAAGGGGAAUGUCAUAGAAGUAUUUAAUAAAUGUCUAAUUGCUUAAAAAGGCAUAAAGGCAGCGAAA